AUGUCUUCUCUUGACAAUGAGCAUAUUGAUAUUAAUUUGGAUGAUACUUGUGUUGAUGCUAAUGAAAAUCCUAACAUGGUGAAUUUAGUUGGCACUCUAAAUGACUCCCAUGAGGAUUUGACUACAAAUGUUGAUACUAAUAAUGCUUCUAAUGAUGUUAUUAAUGUUAAUGCUAAUAAUGUUCCUGAUGUUAUUAAUGUUAAUGCUAAUAAUGCUUCUAAUGAUGUUCCUGAUGCUACUGAUCGUGAUGAUGUUUUUAAUCAUUUUGAUAUAUUUGAUCCCAGAAAUUGGGAUACGUUAGAUUCUAAAAUGAUUGAUGUAAUUUUAUCAAAUGGGAAGAAAUGUGAUAGAGAUUGGCUUGUAUAUUCGGUAAAGCUUGAUAAGGAUCAUGUUCAACGUAUUACAAAUGGUGAUUUACAUGUUCAUUAUCUUGGUCCUAAAAUUCAAAAUGAGUUGAUAAUUUUGCUUGCCAAGAGACUUAAAUGUGAAAUUAUUAAUAAAGUAAAAGAGAAGUAUUUUUCUGUUAUCCUUGAUUGCACUCCCGAUAUAAGUUAUCAAGAACAAAUGUUCUUGCUAUUAAGAAGGGACGCAAAAUCUUUAGCACACAAUGAGCUUGGUGAUUUUGAGUUUCUAGUGUCAAUGGUGGUUUGGUAUGAAAUACUGUAUGCCGUAAAUUUGAUUAGUAAACAUUUACAGUCAGAAAAUAUGUUAAUUGAUGUUGCUAUUGAUAAAGUUAAGGGACUGAUUUCUUAUUUUAAGGGAUAUAGAAAAAGAAGAUUUUUAGAUGCUAUAGAACUAGCAAGGACGAUUGCCACUGAACUAAAUAUUGAUCCGUUGUUUCCUCAAAGACGUGAAAUUCGAAGAAAAAGACAUUUUAAUGAAAAUUCGCAUGAUGCAUCUGAAAUGAAUUCACAAUCAAUGGAGGAGUCAUUUGAAGUUAAUUAUUUUUUAUGUGUCUUUGAUCAUGCAAUUGCUUCACUAAGUAGGAGAUUCGAACAAUACCAAGAAUAUGAAAGUGUGUUUAGGUUUUUGUUUACAUAUUAUAAGUUGCGUUCUUUGGAUGAUACAUGUUCAAAGUCUUCUUGUACUAAUUUUGAAAAUGCAAUGAAGAAACAAGACCAAUUUGAUAUAGAUGGGAAUGACUUAUAUGUUGAACUGAAGAUACUUCAAGAUCUUUUUCCCGCACAAAAGAUGAGACCUCUUGAUAUUUUAAAGUAUUUGAAACAUGUUGAAUGCUUCACUAAUGCUAUUAUUCCUUAUAGAGUUUUGUUGACUAUUCUUGUAAUCGUUACAUCUGCAGAAAGAAGUUUUUCAAAGUUGAAGUUGUUGAAGUCUUAUAUGCGCUCCACAAUGACACAAGAAAGGCUUAACGGACUUCUCAUGAUAGCACUUGAAAAUGACUUUUCGGAGAAAGUUGAUUACGAAGAGCUUAUUGAAGAUUUUGUUUCCAAGAAUAUUAAAAGAAUGAGUUUAUCCAAGUGA